AGCCGAUAUAGCAAGCAAUAUGCUUCCUUCAUUUGGACUUGAUUGCACGCGUUUCGGUGGUGCCAUCGCGUGUUGAAGUUGACGUGUCGAUAUCCUCAGAAGUCGCGUUCCGCGCCCCCGUGUGUUCCGCGCUCACGUGGCCCGCGUUACAGCAAUGAUACAGCAGAGCUUCCAAGGCCCGUUUGUAUUGAGUUCGAGCAGCAUCGUCAGUCACGAUCAAACGACUUCCGAGGUCUAUCCACCAUCGACCGAGACUCAUAUAUCACAUGUGCGAUCACCAAAGCCUGCGGUCUUCAUGUGGAGCACCCGGCGAGUUUUACGCGGAGCCUGCGAAGCGCCCAAUGCCUUCGACAGCGAGCAGGCCCUGCACGCAAUCGUUGCAUCAUGCCUGGCCAUGCGUUUCGUUGUAGCUCAUGAUCGGAAUCGUCUUGACCGCCGAACAUACCAUGCCUCGACUAUGCGUAAAUCACCAGAGCCCACCCAAACGCAUCAAGAGACCAAGAUCAACAUAAUCAGGCACGGAAACAACCGACAGAUAAAGAUCUUACGUGUCCCGAAUCGUGACGACCGACAGAUAAAGAUCUUGCGUGUCCCGAAUCUAAACAAGCGCGACGUUCCAGAGGGACCACGUCGGGAGUCUUCUAGAAGCAAGCCUGUAUUCGGGAUAUCUCCAUAUUCGGAUAUCUACGCAUCUCUGUGGCAGAUGCGAGAGGACAAACAUGAGAUGAUGGAAAAGCGCGCACAAUUGGACAAAGGCAAGUCCAGGCAUGAUUUGCGUAACAACAUGAAUCCGAUCCCAGACAGCGUCGAAAUCAGAAAACAUUUGAUGAGUGUGAGAAACGCAGUCAAUCAGCUACGAGAUUGUCCGGAUGAUGAGUUCGAGGCCUUGGAUUUCCAUUCACUGGCUUCUUACCUUCGAUAUAGAGGGCGACCAAUCGAGCUCCUUCCAACUCAGCUCACACCUUCAUCACCAAUGCCGUGGGCCGUGGAAGACCACAAUGGACUUACAGGCAAGCAAUUGCUGGACGAAGAACUUCGCCGUUUAGAGGAGUACUUGAAACUCUCAGAUGCUGAAGCUGCGGCACGCGCAGCAGUGACCAAGGAGUUCAUGGCAUCAUUCACUGCUGUCGGGAGUACGCAUGGUACUUAUGGAAUUGAACUGUUUGGCUCCGAAGUGACAGGCCUUGCACUGCCCACCUCAGACCUGGAUUUUCGCGCGUUCGCAAAAGCCGACGUCGAAUCGCAGCUGCCUUUAUUAACUCGAACUAGACAGGAUGUGGAGAAGAUUGCAAGAGCAUUGGACUCGAGCGGCAAAUAUGGUCUUGUCUCAUUUCGGAAAGACAUGAGACAUCCCAUCAUCAAUUGCCAGCACCUCGAGUCUGGAAUCGACAUUCAAGUGAGCUGGUCCCCUUCGACCAGGGAACAACAGCGCACAACAGCGCUCCUGCUUGCCCGAAUUGACCGCCUACGAUCCGUCUACUUAGUUCUUCGAAUUAUGCUGGGCUCGAGAUCCCUCGCAGAGGUCUAUCAUGGAGGCCUGGGCUCUUACGGCCUUUUCUGCAUGACCGCUUGCUUGUUGGACUUCGCAUACAGGCACAAACGGCAGGCAUCAUACACUAAAUACUGCGAGUGUCAUCCCUUGACCAAGGCGAUAUGGUUCCUCGGAGCCAUCGAGCAGAGGAGCACGCGACUUGCGAUCGGGCCGAUGGCCGAUACGCGACGAUGGCCGGACGGGCCAGCCGAUAGCCACAAGGAAUUAAAAAACGAGAACAUUCUCAAGCCUCGCGACCCCGAGACCGGCCUCCACGACCUCGAGCCCCUCCUAACCGACAAUCCCUCCAUCAUCGACCCGGCCAACCCAAAGAAUGACCUGGGCGCUAAAGCCUACGCGUUUGUGUAUAUCAAGAAAACCGCACGCCUCGAAGCCUUCCGCCUCAUCAAAUCAAUGAUUACACUGGACAAGGCCGCCGGCAGUCACCCAACUGUGAGCAAAAUCGACGAAGUCGACGUAUACCACGAGCCGCAACCCAUCACUUCGCUGCUGCUCCCGAUGAUCGGAAAUUACCACGAACGCGUGCAAGCGCAGCGGGCGCGAGCCGAAGCCUACGGGAAAAAAGUGCUGAGUACCCCAGCAGCGGCGGCACCGGAAACCACACCGGAUGCUGCGACCUCGUCGCCCACCGCCAACGAUGCGCAGCCUCGAGAAACCCAGCCCACACCUGAUGUAGAAGAGGUAGCCCCCGCCAGUCCUGUCUCGAAACCUGCCCCGCUCGUCGACGCUUCGCGCUUCGACCUGCUCGCCGGGCCGGAAUUCGACGAGUUUGACAAAGACGAGGCAGAAGAUCACAAUAAUGCAUCCGAGUCGAGCGAGGACAAGGCGACUCCGCCCCCAGAGUAGUCUUCGGAAGACAGGUCUCGCACGGGAGAUUUACUCUCAUGCCCACAUCUUGAUUACGGGUUGAGACAACGGGGAACGGACGAGGGUUGCUUUUGGGGAAUUCGCUUCAUUUUUGCCAUGUCAAAAUAGAGCACACUCUCCUUCCACUUUUAUAUUGUCAUCGUCUACAAAGUCUACUGCUGCAAUUCACCUCGGAAUUCAUCAAAGGCGAGGAUCAUGCGAACCUAAGGCCACGAGCCGCAUUUGGGUUGGAAUGUGUGGCUUCUUUUCGCAUCGUGAGAGUGCUUAGGUUCACUUGCUACCGUUUGUUUGGGGUUGACGCCAUGACAGGCCCGAUCGCCGCCAAUGCAUGCAUCGUGAUAGGAACAGACAACGCACCGAUGCCC